UCUCCACGAGGUUUCCCCACUUUCCCUGUCUCUCCCUCUCCCCACAGUUUCCCCAGGUGUGUACAGGCACGCACUUCUCGUCGCUCCUGGCUGCUUUUUGCGCACGGACACUUCUCCACAUCACGCUUGUAUCCGCUGCGCCCCGAGUGACAGCCGCAGCCUCGGGCUACUGUCCCUUCUCUUGGUUACGGUCAGCAAUCAUUGUUCCGCUGAGCUCGGACUGAAGAACAAUGUGAUUUUGGCCCAUGGGGAUUUAGAGUCGUGACAUGCUUUCAGGACCCAGCGUUUCCACGGCGAAAUGGGACUCUCUGCAUUUAUGGUCACAUGAAUGUCAGCGCUGCAGGCCAGAUGCUGGUGAUGGAGGAGCUUGUCAGUGAGAGCAACAGCAUGCCAAAGCGGAUUGCUCUGAUCUGCUUCCUGUCUCUGGUCAUGCUGAUGAGCAUCCUGGGAAACCUGCUGGUCAUGGUGGCCGUCUGCAAGGACAGACAACUCAGGAAAAUCAAGACCAACUACUUCAUUGUGUCUCUGGCGUUUGCCGACUUGCUCGUGUCAGUGCUGGUGAUGCCAUUUGGUGCCAUCGAGAUGGUCCACCAGCACUGGAUCUAUGGCGAGACCUUCUGCCUGGUCCGAACGUCCCUGGACGUCCUGCUGACCACAGCGUCCAUACUACACCUCUGCUGCAUUGCCCUGGACAGGUACUAUGCUAUCUGCUGCCAGCCUCUGGUCUACCGGAACAAGAUGACGCCAAUGCGAGUGGCUCUGAUGAUCAGCGGCUGCUGGGUCAUUCCAACCUUUAUCUCUUUCCUGCCCAUUAUGCAGGGCUGGAACAGCAUCGGCAUCAGCGACCUGAUUGAGGAGAGGCGCCACAGUGGAAAUAGUAACUCCACAUCCUGUGUCUUCAUGGUCAACAAGCCAUACGCCCUCACCUGCUCUGUGGUGGCCUUCUACAUCCCCCUGGUCCUCAUGGUGCUGGCCUACCAGAGGAUCUACGUCACAGCCCGUGCACACGCCCUGCAGAUCAGCAUGCUGCAGCGGGCCGGAGGGGCGGGGACUAGUGCACCGGGUACCUCAGGUGCAGGAGUCGGUGCUGGAACAACAUCGGACUCUGCCGACCAUCAACGAAACCAUCGUAUGCGAACAGAAACUAAGGCAGCCAAGACUCUGUGCAUCAUUAUGGGGUGUUUCUGCCUCUGCUGGGCACCGUUCUUUGUCACCAACGUGGUGGACCCCUUUAUAGACUACACAGUGCCCGACAAGCUGUGGGCGGCCUGCCUGUGGCUGGGCUACAUCAACUCCAUGCUGAACCCCAUCCUCUAUGCCUUCCUCAACAAGUCCUUCCGCCGUGCCUUCCUCAUCAUCCUGUGUUGUGGGAGGAAGAGGUACCGCAGGCCGUCCAUCCUGGGCUCCAACGCUCCAUGCACAGCCACACAGAUCAACGGCUCCACACAUGUACUCAAGUAUUCUGUCCUUCACAACGGGAACCACACAGAGCAGGAGAAGAAGUCUCUGCACACCGACACAGAGUCCCACGAAUCCUGCUUGUGACAAACGAUGACUCCUCAGCCACAUUUCUAAUAGCUUUGACUCUCCCACCACCACCACAGGAGCCACUGUAGCCUUCACACAUCUGGAGCUGACAUCCAGCACAGAUGCUACAACAGAACUCCACAAACCAGAGCCCUGAUGGAACGUUAGGGUAACAGGCGAGGAGUGGCACGUUGCCAGGGAUGCAUCUGGUUUUAUAGCUCAGCUAAAGGUAAUCCUGUGGUCUCUUAAUGUGGCCGGGACCAGAGUGAAACCAGUUUUCUGUCUCUCUAAUGCUGUCACGUUAGUUCUCCUGUCUGCAGGCCCACACAGACUGUCCUGGCCGGUACAAACUGAUUUGGAGCCAGAGUAUGACUGUGAUCCCAUCAACAGGGCUGCCGGCCUCUCUCUGUGAAACCCAGGUUGUCCGGAGGAGAAGUGGUGGCUUUGAUGGAGCUGUAGGAGAUUUUUCACACCAUGAGAUGUGAUAAAUGACUAUGUCUGGGAACCGUGGAAGUGAAUUAUGUUGCCAAAGCUAUUUGUUAUACAUACAGUGGAUAUAAUUCUGAUUAUAUGAUGCUCUUUGGUGUUUUCCAGUGCAAAAUCUGAAAGAUUUUCAAAGAUUGUUCCUCGUAUAACAAACAAAAAAUAGUUGGCAGAAAUGAGCUCUUAAAACAAGUGUUAUUCAUCAAAAGAGGCAGAGUUUAGAACAGUAUUUCUUUUGCCAAACAUCAGGUGUCUUAGCAAUGACACAAAGUGAAGGUCGAAGCUUCCCAGCUUUGCUAAAUCCUCACUACACUGAAAAGAACCAGUAGUUGUAAGGCUGCGUUUAAUCCUUGACCGAAACUGUCGAAGUGCAUUAUUACAGAGGCUGCUAGCUCACACUGUGUUCAUCACUCCACAAGGCUCCGUCUGAAUCACCGUUUCUUUUUAAGUCCCCCACAGUAAGAAAUUAGAAGACCACAAUGCACGAGCACACGAAGCUGCUUGUGAAUGACUGUACAGACUUUGUGAUGAUGUCGGGCUAUUGUGUGCUUGUGUGAGCAUGAGGUUUUUUCAGCGUGUGUGUGUGUGUUUCUACGGUGUGUUUUCAUAUGAGGGUGCUGUGUGUGUGGGAACGUGCUCCUGUGUGACGUUGGUAUGUAUGAAACAUCCUUUCCCCAUCAUCCCAUGUUGCUACCAUUCUGUCUCAACACAAGUUAUUCUCUCCACCUCUGCUCACCUUGAAUGUUAAAGAAUCUACCAGAGAUGUUUCUGUUUUAUAUUCAUGGAAACUGAGAAUGCUAAAUGAUGUUUACCUGUACCUGUGAUGCUACUCCGCUGUAGUUCAUUUCCUGUCGUUCUCCUGCAAACUAUCCUCUGUCGGUCGUCACUUACAGUAUAUAGCUUGUUCAAAACGCCACUCACUGGGCCCUGAAGGCUGAAUCUCACUACAUGGUUAGACAGCAGUUACACUCCACAUAGUAUUAAUUACUGCUGCUGUCAUCUGAAUAUACGAUAUGACCACUGGGGUGAAAUGUUUUCAUUAUGACAACAAAGGGAAGAGAAUCAGAUUAUACUCACAGAUCAAUCCAACACAUUCUAACUUUUUAUUGCUCUGCUUCUUUUACUGUGAAGGGAAACAGAGCAUUGCUCAUUUUUCAGAUGCUGAAAACCUUACUUUCAUUAUAGAUUUGCUCUUACAUCAUCAUGUAAAGCUGAAUAACUUUUUAAAAUGCUUUUGCAUUGGGUGUAUAGUGUACAGUAUGGUAGGGAGUAUAGUUCAUAAAGAAAGGCUGUGUAAUGUCAAACCCUGAUUGUUCUAUCCCUAGUCAAUAUUUUAUAUUGACAGUGAAUCAGCUGACUGUGUAUAAUGUGAAGGGGGUCACCUGCAGUGUCAAACCCACAGAGAAUUACCACCAGCAAGGCUCUGUGGCCUUGUUUUAACUCAUGUCUUUUUGUAGUACAGCACAUUGACUGGUGGGUUCAGUGGUGUUAGUGCUCACAAGCUGCUGUUUUCUGUAUACAUGUUUUAAUAAAUCCAUUUUAUGCUACUUGCCUUGCACCAAAGGGCAGAUAGACUCAGUUAGGGACCAGCUGGUGAAGGCUGUGGAACAUACAGCAUCUUGAUUGACACUACACCAAAUAAUACCAAAACAAAGCACAGUAGUGAAGCAAUAGGAGAGACGGUGGUACAUACUUUGCCAUAUUUGAAUAAACACUGUAGAAAGUCAGUAAUGCCGCUGUGUUUUGUGAAGUUCCCGGGAUGUUGUGAUUUACAACAGUCCUUCCAAGAAGGAAACCGGGUUUUCCAGCCACUUUCCAAGGCUUCAAAUUGUGCGUCCGAUACUCAAAAGACAGGUUUUAGGAUGGAAGAUCACUUUAAAAUCCAUGUGAAUGGUUGCCAUAAUGGGUUGAAACAGGACCGGUAGACAACACAACUACACAAUACAAGUGGACAGAGUUAUGGCAGUUAGACACCCCAUUGAGUUUGAGUCAACUGAAAGGAAAGGUAGCAAGAAUGGAUUCCACUGAGCUCCUGUUGAUUUAGUGAUUAAGAAAAACCUAAUGAGGAAAUACCUGCUUUUGGGUCCAGACUGGUCAGUCCUCAGUUCAUGAUGUUACACUUGACUCUCCAAGCUUGAAAAGCUGUUGUGAGAAAUCAGAAUCUUUCCCUGUGUACCCAUAAUCCCUUCUGAUGUCAAAUCACUUCUUUUUGUUGAUUCAGAUGGUUUUGUUCACUUCAGUGCUUCAGAAAAACACUGUUAAAGUUUCACUUGCUCCUGUUCACAUCCUGUUCCUCAGUCAGUGUAACAGGCAGACUGGUGAAGUGUAAUGCAGGUAUCAGCAAAGAAAACCAAAAGAGUCAGUACCUCCAAAUACAGCAAGUUAAAAAAAAGUUCAGAAAAAUAUAAAGUUGAAUUGAAAUGGAAAUUCAAGGUGGCUGUCGUUCUGAAUCCUGCUCAAAGUCCCCCAGCUUCACUACUCCUUUGCAUUCUGUUGCUGCCUCACUGCCACUGCUUAACUCACGAAUUCAUGAGGAAGUUCUCCUGUACACUGCGCUGCUUACGGAGUAGAAAGCUGACGAGGAUGCAUAGACAUGAGGCCGUCACAGGAGAAUACUGCAGUACAAUAUGUACGCUGAAUUACUGCUGCACUUCUACUGCGUUUCCAUGAGGAGUUUAGCUCAGUUUUGUUUGUGGAUAUGAUGGUCUGGUCUGGUGACGUGUACAAAGAGAGCUGUCUGUACCACAGGAAAAAUACAUGAUGGGAAGCUUUUGAAAUCUGUAGGGUCUAAGAGUUUUUGUGGCUGCUUGCUUAAUUUUCUUAAGUAUAAAUUGCUUUUUGUUUGCAAACUGUGACCUCUUUCAUAAUGGAAGCACAGACACUUUUUAUGAUUUAAGAAAAGGUGGAUUUAGAGAUGUAGUAACUUUAGUUAAUCUGAUUAUGAAGCUUGAAAGAGGAAUUCUUUCAAUUGAUAAUCAACUUUAAAACACACCAAAACACAUAUCGACACAUUUUGAGGUACAUUUGCAUAUUAUUUAAUUCCCAAUAUACAAUCUUUCUAACAUAAUGGCCAUCUAAGUAACCUAUUUAUAUACAAUUUAUACAAACAUCAAACACUGAUUGUAGACAUUGUGCACAUGGAGCAGCAGCCUACUGAUUUGCCCCCCUUUGCAUAGUCUAGUUUGUCUGUUUCAUUUUUAAGAUUUCCCAUUUAGGGAGAGAAAGCUCCGACUCAGCAUUUGAAAACAAAAUCUAUAAUUUGAUUUAUAGAAAAUAAAAACAAUGUUUUUAUAAUAAAUCAAAGAAGCUCAAAAUUGUGUGUUAUUUUAUCAGAGUUCUACAAAAGACAAAUCAAAGAGAUAGUCAUUUCUAAUCUCAUUUCAGUUUGUAUUGAUAAACUCUGCCUGCAGUUUGUUUCACAAAAGGUGCACUUUUUUAAACUCCCAGAGUAAAGUGGUUUCACACUCCUGAUUGUUUUGGAUUUCUGACUCUGAUUAUGUGUAAUCAUUUCUUCCUUUUCAGAUUAGAUCAUUUAAGCAAAUUCAGAAUGUCAGUUUUUCUUUUGAGUUUUUUUCACUAUACAGAAAAGUGGUGGUGUUUUUUGCAGAAGCAUCCUUGCGGUUGACUUCAAGAAGCCCUUGUGUCCUCACUGUCCUUCAUUAACAUGAUGUCUCACUGCAGAGUGAGGCCCCGACAGGCUAAGAGCAAAGUCUGCAGUAUACAAACUAAUGCACAGCUCUGCAGAAGCUUUUUGAAUCAGAUUCGCCCUCUUUUCAAAGCAGACAUAUUCAUGUUUCGGCAUCUUUAAACCCACCACUUUCUUUUCAAGCAAAUAUCUGUUUGUUGUUCUUCUGGGGGUAUAAAAGAGGGAGACUUUGUGGCACUGAAUAUUUUGUUUUGAUAUGUUCUGCCUAUUUGUCUUUUGCUGCAUUUGUGAAAGUCACCCACUUUCACAAAUACAGUUUCCAUGACAUCUGUGAGUCAGUCAGUGCAUAUGUCCAUUCUUGUGUGUGUGUGUGUGUGUGUGGAAAGCUCCUCAACAGCCUAAAUUUAGGAAACUCAAGCUCGCCUACCCUCAUGAACUUUAAUGAAAACCAUUUUUCUAACACAUCAUAAAGUGGGCUAUUUCAGGUAGAAUGAGACAGAAGCGAUAUAAGGAGAAGAAACAUUUUUAAGUUAUGAGUCUAUGAUUUUUCUUUCCAGUAUUUCUUUCCUUGGUUCAUCAGAUGUAUUUGAGCCUGAUGUUUCUAUGUGAUGGUGAAGUCAGUGCUGGACGUGAGCAGUGGACAACUCACAGAUCUGCCAGAUGCACAGCACCACCAGUCUUCUCUGAUCCCUGGCUUGCUUUAGUCACCUUAGGCACCAAAUGCUUACUAGAUUGUAGUUUUUACUGCAGAAAACUGCUUUAACUCUUAAACACUGUCACAUGAACAUCCAAAACCUGACAUUUGAUUUUCAAUUUUACAACAGACCUAAUCUCAAAAUUUCUUAAUGCUGUUAUUUUUUUUUUAACUAACCAGACAGUAAAUACUGAAAACCAUCUUUAUAAAAUGAAAACUGAAAUUUGAAACAGCAGCUGAUGACUGCUGUUCUGGCAGCGUCAUAUUUUGCUCACAAAGCAAUACAGACAGAAUUUGGAAGAAAAGGGAGAAAGAAAAGCUUGUGCAGUCAUAAAUGACAGAAUGUUGAGAAUUCUGUGCAAUGUUAAAACCAAACCUUGUGGAUGGUUACAGCCUCAAAGCACCACUGCCACUAGCACAGACAAUGUCAACACCGUGUGUGUGUGUCCUGUGCUCACUUUGUACAGCUGAACUGUGACUGCUGGAGUCGCUGUGUUGGAUAAAUCUGAAGUAAGGUAUUUAUUUCUUUUGAGAAUCAUUUAAAAGUUUCUUAAUGAAUUAAAUACUAUUAAGAAUCCAUUCAUUUCCACUUUACCUUAAGCAGCAUCUGUAGCCUUUCAAAGCCUUUAUCCCAUGAUGCAGUGUUUAUGUCAAAUUCAUGUCCAAAGUAACAUUAGUUGUCUUUGAAAUAUUUGUCAUGUCAAAUAUCUCAUCAAAUGCUGUCAUACCUGUGAGAAAGCAGUUUGUCCACCAUGAUCACUGGUUUGGGUUCAUUCUUUUUGGCACAUACUGUAUGUGUGUGACUGGAUCGUGUGCAUCAUGUUCUCAGCACAGCCUCUUUGCCUCUUCAUUUGCAAAUUGAAAAUGUUCUUGGGAAAUGUUUUUUAACAUCUCACCUGCCUUAUUAAACACCAGAUGCAGCCACUGUCUAACUCUUACUUCCUUUUAAUUUCUAUCUGGCAAAUGUUGCAAGAAAUAGUUCUUGGGUUUACAGGAUUCGGAACUAGUUUGGACCAUUAUCAUUAUACAAAGAUUUGUACUGAUAUAAAAAAGGAUUUCAACAACAGCUGCCAUUUGUGAGUUUUGUUCCACGUCACUCCUGCUCUGUAGCUCUUCCAUCCAUUUGUUUUUACAGCUUACAGCAUGAAUAACGACAAAACACCCACAAACUGUCUAAAGGAGACAAAAAAAAACUUUUAAAAACUCUUCAGUAUUUAUUUUGACAGAACAAAAUGGGUAUUUUCAUGUAUUAUAAGAAACUAAAACGCUGCUCUUUCAGGGAGCUGAAAUGUGUACGACUUUUUUCUGUUGCUAUGUGACAGUUCUGAUAAAG